AUACAGAAACCACGUGUUGUGAGAAAGGGGUGGUUAGAAUGCAGAGAGGAACUUCAAAUCUUUUAAAAGUUUUAAGACAAGACUCGUUAAGGUCUUUUAUUAGACUGACCUCGUCAAUGAAGGACUCUCAUUUGAACUGUCAAGGAGCAAAACUACCAAACGUUUACAUUGCAAAAUUUGACAUCACAGGGCAUUACCAAUCAGAAGUGAUAAGGAAGAAUGAAUUGUUAUCAUUGUACGGCCUUCAACCUCGGGACAUACGAUUCUCAGCUCCUUCUUCUCUAUACCUGAGGAAUUACAGCAUCAUAUUGAGACUGGAACAUAUUAAAGCAAUAAUUAAUUCAAAUGAGUUAAUUUUAAUGGAAACAGAUCAUAAAAGUAUCAAAGAUCUAUUACCUGAGCUUCAAGCAAGAUUGCAGGUCACUGGUGAUGGUUUGCCUUACGAAUUAAAAGUCAUUGAAAUUUUAUUCACCGAAACAUUCUCACUUUUAGAGAAUAAGUUUGAGAGAUUAGAGUCCUACAUAACAGGAGUGCUCAAUGAUCUGUUGGACUCAAACUUGCUCUCCAUUGACAAAGGUUCCUUACAUGGUCUAAUGUACCACAGCUCCAGCUUAUCAGAACUGAACUCUUUAGUGAAGGAUAUUCAGGAAACAUUGAGUGACCUUUUAGAUUGUGAAGAAGACAUGGCUAGUUUUUAUCUAACUCACUACAUUGACUACGGAGAGGAGAGGGACCAAGAUGACACGGAAGAGCUUUGCAAUAUACUGGAAUCAUUUUAUAUGCAAACAGAAGACAUGCUGGGACGCGUUAAGAGGUUGAAAGAACAAAUUGAUCAAAGUCAAAACAUUGUAUUAAUUAAUUUGGACAGUCAAAGGAAUAUCAUGUUGAGAAUGAGUCUUCAACUGGGAAUGGGAACAUUCUCUUUAACACUAGGAGGGCUAAUGGGCGUCGCUUUUGGAAUGAAUCUUGACUCAUCAUUAGAAGAGAACCAGUAUGCAUUUUGGAUAGUAUCAGGAGCAAUGGUAGCAAUAACAGGAGUAAUGUGGAGACAAUUGUCAAACUAUCUCAAGAAAGCAUUACAUACUCGAACAAUUGAUCACUUUUAAUUCAAAAAAUAUUAAUUAAUUAAUUAA